UCGGUGGCGGCUUUAAGCCAUCUGACGAGGCUGUUGAGCGGACCGACAGUGGCCGGGUCGCAUUGUUCUCAGUCCUCGGUGCCGUGGUCGGCUCCGUCUAUGCAUUUCCUCAGAGGAUUCGCAGUGUACCUGGCUUUUGAGGUGCGGAAGCCGGCUGCCGUCUUGGCGGAGAAAAUCUGUCCAGGCAAAUCCAAGGGAACUAUUAUCAUGAGUGGUCGAUAG